GCAGGGCCGCGCGCGCGGGGAGGUGGGAAUGGCGCCGAGUCUGAGUACGUAGGUUGCCGUAACAACGGGCAGCGGAGUGCGUCGGCUAUGGCCUCUAACUUUAAGAAGGCAAACGUAGCAUCCAGUGCCCAGAGAAAAAGGAUGAGUCCUAAGCCCGAGCUUACAGAAGAGCAGAAGCAGGAAAUCCGGGAAGCUUUUGACCUCUUUGACGCUGAUGGAACUGGGACCAUAGACGUUAAAGAACUCAAGGUGGCAAUGAGGGCCCUGGGUUUUGAACCCAAGAAAGAAGAAAUCAAGAAAAUGAUAAGUGAAAUUGAUAAAGAAGGCUCAGGAAAAAUGAACUUCAGUGACUUUUUGACGGUGAUGACGCAGAAAAUGUCUGAGAAGGAUAGCAAAGAAGAAAUCCUGAAAGCUUUCAAGCUCUUUGAUGAUGAUGAAACCGGGAAGAUAUCGUUCACAAAUCUGAAACGUGUGGCCAGGGAGCUGGGUGAGAACCUGACUGAUGAGGAGCUGCAGGAAAUGAUUGAUGAAGCUGAUCGGGAUGGAGAUGGAGAAGUCAAUGAGCAGGAGUUUCUUCGCAUCAUGAAGAAGACCAGUCUUUACUGAGCUACGUGGCGUCUUUUCUACUGCAAGCACACCUAACUGGUUUAGUGCCUGUCAUUGUGUAAAAUCUGGCUUUUGGAGAAUGCAAACUAUUUUCUCCCCACUGAACUCCAUGUGUAGCUUUAGUUAUGACCUCUAAUCUGUUCCAGGCUUUGAAAGUGUUCUUUGAUUUUCAUACUCUUUACAAAGUGACCUGCUGAUUUGUUUAGUUCUCAAAAGCAGAACAAGCGCACACUGCAGGGGAGAGAAGGGUCUUAAAGCAUUGCCUGCCUGCCGUUUUUGACGUGCUCUGCUCUUGUCAUGUAUUUCACGUAGAUGCACACCGCACAACUUCUUAGACAAGCACACGCUGCACCAUGUUACCAGAAGCACUGGUCAUUUUUUCAGUGGCUCUAGUUUCUACUUAAUGCUGGAGAGUAGUUUUCUCUUUUAUAAAACCCAGUGAAGUCUUGCAUUGGCAUUUGGAUGUAUGUUAAUGCUACUUGUUUUGUCUUAAAAAUAAAACCUUUCUUAGUCUGA